AUGUUCGGGUCAAUGCUACCCAGAUAUGGAUUAAGAAGCAUAUUUACUUCUUCAACACGGAGCUUUCGUGCUGUAGAAGGGGAGGCGAUAAAACCCAUUCAUCGCGCCACUUACCUCCCUGACCUUGCUCCAGGAGAUUAUACUGUCACCAACCCUCAUCCCAGCAUAUUUGACCUCCAACAGGCCAAUAAUGUUUCCAACUCCCCAUCACAUAUAACUGGAGUGACUGGAGUAAAUCUUGAUAUACCCUACUGGAAGGCGCUCCGACCUUGGAAAGAUGUAGAGGAGGACAAGUUUCUCAGUUACCAAUGGCAGGUUUCAAACAGCGUACAAGGGGAGAAGAAACUUCGAGAAUUUCUUGCUGACGUGCUUCCCAACAAUAUCCCUUCAUCCAGAACUAGAGUUGGAAACCCGAAUGUCGCGCCAAUUACCACAGCGUAUGCAUUCAUAGAAAGCGUCUCUGAUGCGAUAUCCAAAGCUCCCAUGGCUAUUCGAUUGACACCGCAUAUAUUGAGCGUCAUUGACUGGUCGGAUCCUGUGAACGAUCCUAUUCGGCGCCAGUUUAUCCCGUUAGGAAGCGAACUAUUACUCGAUCAUCACAGGCUAAAGCUUGAUUCUCUCAACGAGGAGCACGAUUCACCGGUUAAAGGCUUAGUCCAUAGGUAUCCCACCAAAGCCCUGUUUUUAGUUGGAGCCAAUACUGACACUGUGACCAAAAACUCUCUCAAACCCACAAAGCGACGCUGGGACGAAGUUUUUAACUACAUAGAAAAUACUCCCCAACUCAACGAUAUAGUGGUGUCAGGAGGCGACUCCUUCUAUCUUUCGCCUGAGCAACUCUACGACAUCGGAAAGCGUUUGCUUGAAAUCCCACACAUCAGACGAUUUCGGUUUGCGACAAAGGGCCUGGCAGUUGUCCCAUGCCGCAUUUUGGACCCUCAGGAUACCUGGAGCGCUGCUUUAAUCGCAAUAUCUGACAUGGGAAAGAAGAUGGGCAAGGCGGUUGCUGUCCACACCCAUUUCAACCAUCCAAAUGAAAUUACUUGGAUUACCAGGCUGGCUGCUCAAAAGCUUUUCGAGAAUGGGGUCACUGUGCGCAACCAGACAGUUCUUCUACGCGGAGUCAACGAUAAUGUGGCGGUAAUGAAGAGGCUCAUACAAAAUUUGGCGGAUAUCAACAUUCUGCCCUACUACGUUUAUCAAGGAGAUAUGGUGCGAGGUGUAGAGGACCUUCGGACGCCGCUGUCAACAAUACUUGAUCUUGAAGCACAGAUUCGUGGAAGCAUCAGUGGCUUCAUGACCCCACAGUUUAUUGUAGACCUUCCGGGAGGGGGUGGCAAGCGUCUGGCUUCAUCUUACAAAGAUUACAACAGAAUCACCGGGGUGUCCACGUUUGUGGCUCCAGCUGUUACGGGGGAUCCCAACACCGUCUUCAAAUACCAUGACCCAGUAUGGAGUAUUCCAAGUCAUUAG